AUGCCAAAGAAACUAAUCAGUCCAAGGAUGUCUGUUUCUCCCGAGCAAAAAAUUCUUGAGGUGACUCCAGAAGCCAAAAAGAGAGCAGCAGAAGCAAAGUCAAGAGGGGAUGAGGCAUUUAAAGGGAAAGACUAUCAUAUGGCUAUGGAUUCGUAUACACAAGCAAUUGAUCUGGAUCCGACUGAUGCUACUUUGCUAUCUAAUAGAAGUCUCUGUUGGAUUAGGUUGGGCCAAGCUGAGCAUGCUUUAUCUGAUGCAAAGGCCUGUAGAGCUUUAAGACCUGAUUGGCCAAAAGCAUGUUAUAGGGAAGGUGCAGCUCUGCGUGUGUUGCAGAAAUUUGAUGAAGCUGCAAAUGCAUUUUAUGAGGGAGUAAAACUUGAUCCCGAAAAUAAGGAGCUUGUAAAUGCGUUCAGGUCUGCAUACUAUUUUAUUUAUCAACACUUCUUGGCAUAUUGA